AACUCACACUAUAAAAACCCUCAAACCAUACCACCUAAUUAAUAAACAAAACCACCACCAUUCCACCGGAAACAGCAGCGGCGGCGGCGGCGGGUGAUGGCAAGAAACAGUGAUAAAAACAACAAGUUGCAUUGGACAAACGAGAAGCACUUGCAUUUCUUGAACUCAAUGGAAGCUUCUUUUGUUCAAUCCAUGCUCCAAAAUAACUCCCGAUUUCCCCCUCUCGACCGUUAUUUACCAGACACCUCUGAUUCUACCCAGGAUUUGGACAAGUUUAAAUCAUCUACCUCCACUUUUCAUACAGAUAAUGUGGAGUCCACUGUGAGAAGGACACAGAGAAAGACGAGAAUUUUAUCAUGCCAAAAAUCUUCUCAAGAUCAGGUGGUCCCAGAAUUUCAGAACAAGGGAGAUGAUAAAAGAUAAUCUUGAUGUCCCACAACCCAUCAAGAAAAUAUUUUUAUCACUUCAACUAGUAGUUUUUUUAUUUUACUUUGGAGAAUUGACGACUAUCUAGUUAGUGUGUUAAAUUUUAAUUGCAUCUCUAUGUAAUAGUUGUUCUUUUGUUAAUUGGGUAAGUAAAAUAGCUUGCCGCCUAAUUGUCGUUACAUAAAUAUUGACUCAGUAAUAAACAUUAAUUUAGGUUUGUAGUUUCA